UUCUGUAUCGAUUAAUUCUAACGAAAUUUAUGGUAGCUGAGAAAAUGCAGCGAGAGUCACCACCGAAGAAGCGUUGUCUCGGAGAAGCUCCAGACAUUAUUCCGGCCACCGAACUAUUUUUCCGAUGUGCGAACUUAAUUCUUCCAUGCCUAAACCCUCAAGAACUCGGCGCUGUCUCUCAAACCUGCAAAACCUUAUCCCUAAUUUCCAAAUCUAUAACCUUUCACCGAUCCCUUGACGCUGCACGAUCCUUGGAAAACCUCUCAAUCCCGUUUCACAACUCCAUCGAUUCUCAACGAUACGCUUACUUCAUCUACACACCAUUUCAGAUUCCCGCGUCAUCUCCUCCGCCGCGACAAUGGUGGGGAGCUGCUACUGAAUGUGGAUCCGAGUCGAGACCUUGUUUUGACUCAGUGAGUGAACGCGGACGUUUUGGAGUGAGUCUACUGGACGAGUCAGGAUGCGAAUGCGAGAGGUGUGAGGAAGGAUACUGCAAGUGUUUAGCUUUCGUUGGGAUGGAGGAGAUUGGUAAUGAAUGCGGGUCGGGUUGUGGAUGCGGGUCGGAUUGUUCAAACCGGGUUACACAGAAGGGGGUUUCGGUUAGUUUGAAGAUUGUAAGAGAUGAGAAGAAAGGUUGGUGCUUGUACGCUGAUCAGCUUAUCAAGCAAGGCCAAUUCAUCUGUGAAUAUGCAGGUGAGCUAUUGACAACAGAUGAAGCACAUAGACGUCAAAACAUUUACGACAAACUGAGAUCAACGCAAUCUUUCGCUUCGGCUCUUUUGGUCAUACGCGAACACCUCCCUUCAGGACAAGCUUGUUUAAGGAUAAACAUCGAUGCCACAAGAAUUGGGAACGUUGCUAGAUUCAUCAACCAUUCUUGUGACGGCGGAAAUCUCUCCACCGUUCUGUUGAGAAGCUCAGGAGCAUUGCUUCCUAGGCUCUGUUUCUUUGCAGCAAGGGACAUAAUUGCAGAGGAGGAGUUAAGUUUCAGUUAUGGAGACGUCCGUGUCACCGGAGAGAACAGAGACAACAAGUUAAAUUGCUGUUGUGGUAGUUCCUGCUGUUUGGGAACGUUGCCUUGUGAGAAUACCUGAUUUCAUCAUCAGUUCAUCACCUUGUCUAUCUAUACUAAUGUCCAAAACACUCUUAUUAUGUGAAAAUUUUGAGCUUUAUGUUUCUAGCAAAUACAGCCAAGCACCGUCAUUGUCA